AUCUCAAAAAAAUGUAUCUAGCAAGUCAUUUUGAAAACACAAAUAAUAAAUAUCUCUGGCUACGAACAUGGUAAAAGCAAACGUUUUUCUUUUCGAGAAACAUUUUGAAGGUUUUCCCAAACCAGAAAACGUGAAACUAGUGGAAGAAGAAUUGGGACAAAUUAAGAAUGGAGAAUUCUUAGCAGAAGCACUUUAUAUCAGCGUUGAUCCCUUUAUAAGGGCGCGAGCUCCAUUUUUACCUCUAGGCCAAACUAUGAUUGGAGUCCAAGUAGCCAGAAUCCUAGAAAGCAAAAAUCCAAAAUUUCCAGUUGGAGGAAUCGUUGUAGGUUUCUUUGGUUGGAGAACACAUACUAUAUCUAACGGAAGUCACCCUCAAAAAGAUAAAGUACCACAAUUGAUCAAGGAAGAUUUAGGAGACAUUUCCUUAUCUGCUUUACUAGGGGUUUUAGGAAGACCAGGGCAUUCAGCAUAUUUUUGUCUGCUAGAUAUUUGCAAACCAAAAGCAGGCGAUACGAUCGUAGUAUCUGGCGCAGCUGGUGCUGUGGGGAGUCUGGUUGGUCAGAUUGCUAAAAUCAAGGGAUGCAAAGUAAUAGGCAUUGCUGGCUCUGACGAAAAGGGAAAAUGGUUGGUUGAAGAGUUAGGCUUCGAUCAUUUCAUAAACUAUAAGACUGAGUCUAUUGAUGCAGCUAUCAAGAAAUAUGCACCAAAUGGGGUUGACUCAUACUUUGAUAAUAUAGGCGGUGAAAUUAGUAGUACAGUUAUAUGGAAUCUAAAAAAGUUUGGACGCGUAGGGCUCUGUGGAUCAAUAUCACAAUAUAAUGAAACUAAUAAAGUAACGUCAUUCCACCGUCCAAUUAUAAGCAACGAACUGUUUCUACAAGGAUUCCAGUGCGCUACUUGGGUGGAUAGAUGGUCCGAGGCUGUCAAACAGAACCUGGAAUGGAUCAAAGAAGGCAAACUAAAGUACCGAGAAACUGUUACCGAAGGUUUUGAAAAUACCUAUCAGGCUUUCAUAGAUAUGUUGAGCGGGAAGAAUGUUGGUAAAGCCGUUGUGAAAGUUUAAAGUUUUAUAAAAUUUAAUUAAAAAUUGCUCAAAAA